AAAAAGAGGCAUCUCUCGCCUGGAACUCGGCGGAAGAGGGAGUUUAUCCCUGAAGAUAAGAAAGAUGCCUGCUACUGGUUCAAGCGCAAGAAGAACAACGAAGCAGCCAAAAGGUCCAGAGAAAAGCGUCGCUUUAGUGACCUAUUAAUGGAGAGUAAGCUGAUUGCUCUGGUAGAAGAGAAUGCCUGUUUGAAGGCAGAGAUAGUGGCUCUAAAGAUAAGGUUUGGCCUAGUAAAGGACUCGGGUUUGAUUCAAUCACCAACAAUGCUAUACAGCAACUCUCUUCCUUUUCAGUCUUCCUUAUGGAAUAUGAACAAAGGCCUAGGAGGUUGCCAGAGCUCAGCACUAGAUGUGGACCACAAGAUGCAACUUUUUGAAAUGGAAAGACACAUUGAAAUGUGUGGCUGGAACAAGAAUGACCAACACUGGUGUUACAACCUCCCUGAAAAGAGGUGCCUUUGUCAUUCUGUACUCACUGAAAAUCAUGAGAAAGCUCAAACAGAAGUACCAAACAAAACCAGAAAUGACUUAAGUGAGGAGGACUUCCCUCAUUCUUCUCAAGAAAGUCACCAGAAUCAUUGUUCAGAGCCUGCUCAAGUACCGGAUGCUCUUUAUUACAGGGAACAUUUCAACACUAAGAGAACCGAAAGAGCUCAUCAGUCCGAGGAAGACCUGCACAAGCAAGAAUCCCCCUCCAAAUUCUUAAAGGUAGCUGCAGCAGACUAUGAGAAAGCUGGUGUACCCCAAACACCAUAUGUUUCUAGCUAUUAUGCACCAUCAAGGGCAGCAUUUGGCCAGACAUGGUUACUCCCAAAUGUGGGUGACCAGAAUUUUAGAAGAAAUCUGAUUUUACCAUGGGAGAGUCACAGCAUUUUCUCUGGCUUACCUUUCGGUGAGGUUGACUUCAAACAACUGCCCCUCACUCUACAGAGCAACCAGACAUUGAACUUGAGCAGGGUGGAACAUUUUCAGGCUAAAGUUAAAAGUCUGUCAAAUGAGCUUGUCCAGCUCAAGAAAUGCUUUACAUCAGAUUGA